GACCACGUUCUUCACUUCAGUUCUAAUCGCCGCACGGGACGGACGUGUGCUCUGUCGAGGCAACCCAAGCCGGGCACGUGUUUUGUGAAUCAGACCUUUUUUAUUCCGUCUUUUGUGUGUAUAAGUGUGUUCCGAUCGUAGUGUGUGCGCAGCAUCCCACACACAUCUCAAUCUGUGUGUGUCAACAAUAACAAUAAACAAAACCGAGAGAAGAAAAAAAACAGAAACAGUGCGUGAGCCCGCGUGAUGCCGUCGUCGUCGGUCGCCGACUACUAGAUUAGCGAUUACCAAUACCAACAGCAAGAGGAUUAGUAAGAGGCCCGCUGGGUCUUCUGGAACGGAGAAAGAGAGAUUAAAAAUGCUCAGCCUUCCGCGGAACAUCGACAAUGUCUGCCGGCUUUGUCUGACCGAGUCGGUGGACGGAGCGGACAUGCUGCCACUGUUUCCGGUGCGCGGCGGAAACCCCCUCGGACCCAAUACGGUCGUGUCCAAGAUUCUGCAGUGUACCACGGUUAAGAUCGAACACUUUGACGGCGCCCCGGCCACAAUCUGCGAGUACUGCAGCACGCGCCUGGACGACUGGCAAGCGUUCCGCGAGCAGGUCAUGGGCACGGACGAAUACCUGCGCAACUCCCAGCGAAACCAGUCCCAACUCCAGGUGGCCGCCCACGAAUCGUCGAUCGGCGAGCCGGAUUACGGCCAGGAGGACAACACGAUGACGGUGCUGGUGGAGAAUCUGGACGGUGGCGAGAAUGAGGAGGAGGAGGGGGAGAGUUAUUUGAUCGGGGAGGAGUUGUCGGCGGAGGACGUAAUGCGGCAGGACGAGUACUACGAGAUGAUGGAGGCGCCUCAGGAACCGGCGGAAUCGUUGGUGCAGCAGAUGAACACGAAGAGUGGCAUUCGGGUGCCGAAGUGGUCCAAGGAGUUCGGGGCCAAGUUGAACUCGCUGCUGCACGUGGUCGGUGGGGAUCGGCCGCAUCAGUGCAAACUGUGUCGGAAGCGGUUCUUGAGGAGACCGCACUGUAGAAGACACGUGGCCCAGGCGCAUGCCGGUGAGAUUGACGACGUUGUGCUGCCGAAGAACUGGGAGUUGAUGGCUGGGAGAAGGUUUGCCUUGAGUAAGGCGCCGAUUCAGCCGUUGAUUGAGCCGGUUCCGCCGCCACCGGGAGCGCGCGAGGAACAGUACGAACCCACAAUCUACCGGCCACAUCAGUGCGAAAUUUGUCGCAAGUGCUUCAAGCGGCCGCAGCAUCUGCGCCGCCACAAGACGUCUCACCUGCAGAUCGAGAUUGACCGGUCGGAGAUCAUGGCCGGAAUCGAGGCGCAGCAAAAGGCCACCCAGCAGCUGAUGAAGCUGACCAAUGGUGGUGACGCCGUCCACGACGAAGAUGAAGACGACGUUAUUGCCCUGUCCGACGACGAGUACGACGAGGGCCUUAACGGAACCGCCCACCACCCAGAAGACGAAGACAUGGGCGAGGAAAUCUCCCCGGAAGAGUUCAACGGUCUGCAGCAGUUCCUCGGCGACGACGAAGGCGGUUACGACGGGGACGAAUCCGCGAACCACCAAGCCGCCGGCAACAAACGCCUCCGCCUCUCCGACAUUGCCCACAUGUACUACGACGAGUCCGACAGCGGAAGCCAGCAAUCCGAGCAAUCCACCUCCCUCCUCACCAAGCAAGGAACCGCCCGGAAGCGUGCACCCCCGAUGGAAAAGAUCCCCGGAGAACGACCCUACCAGUGCACCCUCUGUUCGAAACUCUUCAAGCGCUCCGACCACCUCAAGUCCCACAUGAAGGUGCACUCCUCGGAAACGGAGUACUCCUGCCAGCACUGCCAGAAGGGCUUCCGCUACCGGCAGAACUUCCUUAUUCACCUCAAAAAUCGCACCUGCUUCGAGAGACGCGGAAAGGGACGGAGGUUGGCACCGGCGCCGCCACCGCCACCGGCAGGGAUGCCGAAGCUGCAGCCCAAACCGAAGGCCGGUGGGAUUACGGUGAAGCAGUUUGACGGGAACGGGACGGUGCGGCACAAGUACGGGGUUUUGCUGGGGGACUGAAGAGUUGGAGAAGUGUGCCAUUUUUUUUAGUUGUAAAUAGAGAGAAAAAA